AUGUCAGAUGUCAGUGAAGUACAGGGACACAUGAAAGUGGACUGCAUACUGUGGUGUAAAGAGCAGAAGGCAAAGCUAGUAAGGAAGGCAGAAGUGCCAAAGGGAAAAGCACACUGGUACAAAGAGAGGCUUGCAGGAUUUUGGGGUGACAGGGGUAACUGGAGUUUUUUACUAAGUUCUAGCAAGAUUGACUGCUUCAGGGGAAUAUGGCAUCCUACAUUGGAAAAUGACAGCUUUGAUGGUAUUGCAGGGAAUGGUCCACAGGAUCAGGCAAUGGCUGUCACUGAACAGAACAGGGAAUGUUCCCAUGAUGAAACUAUCUUUGCCUGCCCCUUUGAUGCAUCAGAGAUCCUGGAGGUGAACACCCAUGCUACAAAUCCUCAGCAUGUGCUACCACAGCCCUUGUUCAGCCCUGAUGUUGCAGGACACUCAGAGUCACAGCCUAACAGUGCCAUGGCUGCUGAUUGCUACUUUCUGCCACUCAUGUUUUUCCUGCCUACUACCCCAUUUGUGGAUCAGCCCUCAGUGGCUACCUUGCCACCUGCUCUGAUUGCUGUCUUGGUCAAAGUGACCAACAACUUGGUGAUCAUCAUACCAACCCUCUCCUUCCAUGCAGUCCUGACCCAUUCACAUGCAAUGGCAGGCCUCAGGAUGGGUAGCAAUUUUCUGAUGGGUGCAGUUGAUGCAGAUGACACAGACUACUGA